AUGUGCGUCUCUUCAACUUUGUUCACUGGUAGUCAAUGGAGGUCUUUCUCUGGAUCCCAAAAUGUAAUAUCAACGCGUGGGAAACAUUUAAGGGGUCGUGAAAGAGAACAUUGGCGCAGUAAAGAGCGAUGUACGCGCACAAAUGACGGCAAAGAUAUUCCGCAAUUGGUGGGUGAGGGGGUUUAUGGCAUUCAUAGUGUAUUACAAGCCCUUGAAACUGGCUAUCGAACUAUUCACGCGUUGUAUGUGCGGGAGGAGCAUACACCGACACAUGGCCAACGGCGUCAGAAGAAGAGCGUCGCAGACUUAAAGGCGCUCGAGCGCAUUUACGAGCUGACAGAGGCCAAUGGUAUAGUAAGGUAUCCUUUAAGCAAAUGGAUGCUUAAUCACAUUACUGGUGACAAGCCACAUCAAGGAGUGGUAUUGGACGCGGCGCAAAUCGUUCUUAAAGACUUUGUCCCUGCAACCCCUUCAGGCUUUACUGAGUCUACUCGAUCACCAGUGAUAUUAGUGCUCGAUGAAAUUCACGAUCCCCAGAAUUUUGGAGCAAUUCUUCGUUCUGCGCAUUUCUUAGGCUGCUCGACAGUUGUUGUAACUGAUGGAAACACCGCUCCAGUAUCUCCUACCGUCUCACGGGCUUCUGUCGGGGCUCUGGAGAUUUUAGUUGCCACCGAAAAACUCAUGAAGACGAGAAAUUUACAUGAAAUGCUGGCAAUUAGUGGUGACCUCGGGUGGCGUAUUGUAGGUGCAUGUAGUGGACCCGACUCCAUCUCGUCGAUUGAUUUUGCAACCGAUGCCCAGCCAACGAUUCUCGUGAUGGGUAAUGAGCACCGCGGUCUUCGUAAAAGUAUUCGUCAGUGCUGCCAUGCGAUUGUGACUAUCCCAGGUCAUGCAACGGACACGAACACUUGCGUGGAUUCUUUGAACGUCAGUGUCGCGUCAGCAAUUCUGCUCUACGAGCUUUUGCACCACUAA